AUGGCGCUUCUUCAGAGAACACCUUAUCUUCGUCGUCUCUGGCUCAUGGCGUCUCGUCCUCAUCUCUUCUCUAACUCUCUCUCUCCUUCUCUUCACCGUCACAGCUCAUCUCUCUGCUCGCCUCCGUUUUCCUUCCAAUGUCCCAGGGUGACGUUUCAGCUAAGCAGCGUUUUGAAUCAAAGGCUGAUACAAAGGAAUGCGGUUUCUUCAAGGCCCUUUAUGUCAUCCACCGUGUCCUACGAGGCUUUCCAAGAGAGCGCCACAUCUAAGGGUUACAGUUCCGAGCAAAUUCAAGUGCUGGAAGGCUUAGACCCUGUAAGAAAACGGCCGGGAAUGUAUAUAGGAAGUACUGGAACUCGCGGUUUGCACCACCUGGUUUAUGAGAUACUAGACAACGCAAUUGAUGAGGCUCAAGCUGGUUAUGCUUCAAAGGUUGAUGUCGUCCUUCAUGCAGAUGGUUCAGUCAGCAUUAAAGACGAUGGACGUGGGAUACCCACGGAUGUGCAUCCUGCAACAAACAAAUCUUCCCUGGAGACUGUGCUUACGGUUUUACAUGCUGGUGGCAAGUUUGGUGGCACGAGUAGUGGUUACAGUGUCUCUGGUGGACUACAUGGUGUAGGUUUAUCAGUUGUCAACGCUUUGUCUGAGGCCCUGGAGGUCACAGUUUGGAGAGAUGGGACGGAGCAUAAGCAAAAGUAUUCUCGUGGAAAGCCCAUAGAUACACUCUUAAGCAGUGAUCUCCCACCAGAGUCAAAGGGAACUAAAGGGACAAGCAUCCGGUUUUGGCCUGACAAAGAAGUGUUCACAACUGCAAUUGAGUUCGACCAUCACACUAUCGCUGGACGAAUUAGGGAGCUUGCAUUUCUAAACCCAAAGGUUACCAUCUCUCUAAAAAGAGAGGAUGAUGAUCCUGAAAAGAACCAAUAUACGGAAUAUUAUUAUGCUGGAGGAUUAACUGAAUAUGUCAGCUGGCUAAAUAAAGAUAAGAACCCGAUUCAUGACGUGCUGGGUUUCAGGAAAGAGACAAAUGGUGCUACAAUUGACGUUGCCCUUCAAUGGUGCUCAGAUGCAUACUCAGACACAAUGCUAGGAUACGCCAAUAGCAUCCGCACAGUUGAUGGUGGAACACACAUCGAAGGUGUGAAAGCAUCAUUAACAAGGACUCUUAAUACCCUUGCCAAAAAGUCAAAGUCUGUUAAGGAGAAGGAUAUUAACUUAAGUGGAGAACAUGUUAGAGAGGGAUUGACCUGUAUUGUCUCAGUCAAGGUGCCUAAUCCUGAGUUUGAAGGUCAAACAAAGACAAGAUUGGGAAAUCCAGAGGUGAGAAAAAUUGUUGACCAAUCAGUUCAGGAGUAUCUCACGGAGUACUUGGAAUUGCAUCCAGAUGUUCUUGAGAGCAUCAUUUCCAAAUCCCUUAACGCUUACAAGGCUGCUUUGGCUGCCAAGAGGGCAAGAGAGUUGGUCAGAUCGAAAAGCAUUUUGAAGUCAUCAUCACUUCCUGGGAAACUGGCUGAUUGCUCAUCAACGGAUCCUGCAGAAUCUGAGAUCUUUAUAGUCGAAGGAGAUUCUGCUGGUGGCAGCGCAAAACAAGGCCGUGACAGACGUUUUCAGGCAAUUCUUCCUCUAAGAGGUAAAAUUCUCAACAUUGAAAGAAAGGAUGAAGCAGCCAUGUACAAGAAUCAAGAACUACAAAAUCUAAUUCUCGGUCUAGGCCUCGGAGUGAAGGGAGAGGAGUUUAAGUUGGAAAACUUAAGGUACCAUAAGAUCAUCAUUUUAACAGACGCAGAUGUUGAUGGUGCGCAUAUUCGAACACUACUCUUGACCUUUUUCUUCAGAUACCAGAGAGCCUUGUUUGAUGCUGGUUGCAUAUACGUCGGAGUUCCACCUCUUUACAAGGUGGAGAGAGGAAAACAUGCACAGUAUUGCUACGAUGAGGCAGAGCUUAAAAAGAUCACCUCCAGCUUCCCUUCAAACGCAUCCUACAGCAUUCAAAGGUUCAAAGGUUUGGGAGAGAUGAUGCCUGAGCAGCUUUGGGAAACAACAAUGAAUCCAGAGACAAGGAUAUUGAAGCGUCUAGUUGUCGAUGACAUAGCUGAAGCUAGCAUGACAUUCUCAUCUCUUAUGGGCACUCAGGUCGAUAUUCGUAAAGAGCUCAUUAAAAAUGCAGCCACUAAAAGCAAUCUUCAGCGUCUCGAUAUAUAG